AUGCUUCUUGGUCAUUCAAAUAUGUUACCUUCUUCAACAAUUGAUGCAUCUUCAACAGUUGUAGAUACCACGCUAAACGCUGGAGGAAGGCAGCAACAGGGAGUUUCUGGUGUUACUCAACAGGCAGAGACAGGAAAUAGGCGAGUAUUCGGAAAAAUAUUCGGAGUAACUUCGGUCUUUUUUAGAUUCCCAAUGGAUAGACGAAUGCUUGAACAGCCAUGGAAAGAUCCUCGUUUCUUUCCAAUAACAAUUGACACUGUGAUGGCCUAUUUUUGUCAAAGAGAGAAUCCGUUUUUUGAUGUAAAUUCUGAUAAUGCAUUCAUAAUGAUGCAACAUCAAGUAGCAAGUGGACCUCAAUUUGAUGAAAUGUUAAAACGAAUAGAGGGCAUUCAGUAUGUUCUUGUUCAACCCCCAAGUUCUCCACCACUUUUUGUUGUUAGAAAACAAAAAAGAAUGAGCGCUGACAAAAUUACUCCUCUUUGUCAUUAUUAUAUUUUGGAUGGAACUGUCUAUCAAGCACCAGAUUUAUAUACUUUUUUACAUUCUAAAUUGAUUGGUAUAAUUGACCCAUUGAGAAAUGCAUUUUUAGAAGCAAUUGAAAUGACUAGGUUUUUUUUUGUUUUUAUGGGCUACCCUAAACCAUUUUUAUGGACCACACCGUCAGGAAAAGAUGACUAA